UGAUGUUGGACAAAUGGGAUCGAUGAUCAAAACUGCUGCACCCAUUUGUCUGCCAUAUCAAACAAAGGUAACCUAAUUGAGAUUGGUACAGAUCUAGGAUCCGCAAGAACACAGAAGAUCACCAAAGGAAGGACAAUAUACAUUAUGCAUUUAUGCAUGAACCAGCUUACCAAAAGUAGGAUAGUUGUCUUACUCUUACUCCUUGCAAAGAGAGAAAAAGAGGGUUGAAGCACAAUGACGGUACAGUCCGCAGUAGCUGCGUAGGGACUUGGGGUGGGGUGUUCUGGUCGAGCUCUUAUGGCUCCGCGAAGCUGUGAAAAUGGCGAAACCUAUCUUUACCAGGGAUCACCAUCAUCGUCAUCAGUAUCAUUAACAUCGUCACCAUCUUCUAGGUUCCAAUUUCAGCAUCGAACAAGACGACCAUUGAGUGUUUCCUCAUCAGUCCAUGCCAGCUCUGAUUCAAACCAAACCAACCCCCAGUCAACAAACAUGGAAAUCCACGAUACCCUUUCUGGGUUUCUUCAAUCUCCGCUUCUCCUUCCUCUACUGGUGCUCUUACUCUCCGUCGGCGCAUCUGGGUUCGGAUCAAUGGGGCCCAUUUCCGCCGCUUUUGGCGAACUCGGGUUCUUCUGUGCCAUCGACGCCAGCGGCAAACAGGACGUGAUUUGCUGGGGCAAGAACGGGUCGUCCUCGCCUUUUACGUCCUCUACUUUUAGCAACAUCCCGCCGAUGGCGUCUCUCUCCGGCGGCGAAGGUUUUGUCUGCGGCAUUUUAGCGAACAAUUCGCAGCCGUAUUGUUGGGACUCGCUGGGUUCAGGUAAUGAUCUCGUGCCUUCGAUCUUCCGAACCAAUGCUUAUUCACACAUAGCUGCUGGCAAGGAUCACGUCUGUGCAAUUAGAGGAUCUUACUAUUCUGAUAAUGAUUCGGGCACCGUUGAUUGUUGGGACAUUUUUCCCACAUCGAAUCGUAGCUCGAUUUCUGUUCAGCGUAGUUUUUUAUAUGAUCAGUAUAUUAGCACUCUUGUUUUCAAGAAGGUUGUUGCGGGGGAGGGGUUUAGCUGCGGCGGGAUUAGAGAAGGGGGCGUUGUGUGUUGGGGUCCAAACUCUGCAAGCUUGGGGGUUGCGGGGGAAUCAGAAAAUUUUGCGAUUUUGGCUUCAGGAAGGAGUUCCCUUUGUGGGAUUUCAGGAGUCUCCAGUGAGGUAAAAUGUUGGGGCAAUGCCAAUUCUUUUGUUGGUCCUCCAGCAGGGAUUCGGUUCGUGUCAUUGACGGCUGGUGGACAGCAUUUUUGUGGGAUUCGAGAAGACAAUCAUGGAAUUGAGUGUUGGGGGAGCUUUAAUUCAUCAUCGGUUCCUCGAGGCUCUGGAUUUAUGGCAAUUGCAUCAUCCGAUGUCACUACAUGUGGCAUAAGGGAAGAUGAUCUGGUGCUUGAUUGCUGGUUUGCUGAUGUCUCAUUAAUGCCAGAUUAUGAUCCUCCAUUGCAGUUAUGCAGUCCAGGCUUAUGUAUAUCAGGUGCUUGUGGUGAAGGGAAGUUUGCUUUUAAUGCAGUCAUCCUCAAUGAACCAGAUUUGACGAGUUUAUGUGUUAGGAAAGACCUGAAGAUCUGUUUACCUUGUGCAUCAAACUGCUUGAAAGGUUUUUUCCCAUCUAGUCCGUGUAGUGAGAAUGCGAAUAGGGUAUGUACUGCUUGUUCUCUUUGCCAGAACAGCUCUUGUUGGGGUGUCUGUGGCCAUCAUUCUGCUCCAGAGAUGCAGCAGAAGCACAAGCAGCAGUCUUUGAGAUUGGUGCUCAUAAUUAGUUCUUCUAUUUCAUUCUUUUUGUUGAUAUUAAUCAGCUGGUGUUUUCUUCCACGUGCUAUUGCCAUCAAAAAGGAAGAAGGGGCAAAAAAACAAUUUGCGUCUUGUAUUUGCAAACCAGAGUUGGAAACUGACAGUAAUACCGAUUCACAUCCUCUGUCUACUGCCUCCUCUUUUGGGUCUGCUCAAGUUUUCCGACUAUCAGAACUGAAGGAUGCCACUAAUGGGUUCAAAGAGUUCAAUGAACUUGGUAGGGGAAGCUACGGUUUUGUUUACAAAGCCGUCCUUGCAGAUGGGCGCCAAGUAGCUGUCAAGAGGGCUAAUGCUGCCACAAUAAUCCACACCAACAGUCGUAACUUUGAAAUGGAGUUGGAAAUCCUUUGCAAAGUUAGGCAUUGUAAUAUUGUUAACUUGUUGGGUUACUGUUUGGAGAUGGGGGAGAGGUUGCUUGUUUAUGAGUAUAUGCCCCAUGGGACACUUCAUGAUCAUCUUUAUGGUGGGCUUGCUCCUCUGCAUUGGAGUCUCAGGCUCAAAAUUUCCAUGCAGGCUGCAAAGGGGCUUGAGUACCUUCACAAUGAAGCUGUCCCUCCUAUUGUCCAUCGGGAUGUUAAGACUUCAAACAUUCUUUUGGAUUCUGAUUGGGGAGCACGGAUUGCAGAUUUUGGCCUUCAUACUCCAAAUGAUACAGAUCUCACUGCGGACAUGAAAGGGGAUGUUUACAACUUUGGGAUUGUAUUGUUAGAAAUUCUUAGUGGAAGGAAAGCAUAUGACAGGGAUUUCACACCCCCAAGUAUAGUUGAGUGGGCAGUGCCCCUAAUUAAGCAGGGUAAGGCAGCUGCCAUAAUUGAUCGGUAUGUAGCCCUUCCAAGAAAUUUUGAACCUCUACUUAAACUUGCUGAUAUGGCAGAGCUGGCUGUGAGGGAAAAUUCUAGUGAACGGCCUAAUAUGUCAGUUGUGGCAGCUUGGUUGGAGCAAAUUGUGAAGGAUGGAUUGAUCUUGUAGAGCUGUAGCUUGAUCCCUAGAUUUUGAGCAAAAUUGAAUAUGCAGAGCUCACCAUCACAGAAGCUUUUGGUGAGUAUACUCACCAGCAACUGUAAAUUUGAAGUGACGUUGUACAUUAUUUUGCUUCAGUGCUCCCUUAUCUUUCUCUUAGAAUUUGCAAAGGGAGGACAGUUGUGAUCAUUGCCUCUAGUCUACAUUUGUUCUUCUUAUAGAAGUUCGCAAAUUUUUUUUUCCUCUUUUGUAAUGGGCAUGCAUGCCUUCUUCUCUGAGAGGAACUGAUUUAUUAUUGCAUGAAAAUGGGCUUCAAUUAUUAUCUAUUUUAUUGGAUGCCAUUUGUUUAUUAAAUAAAUUGACAAAUUUUUGUCGC